CAUUUCUCUCACAGCAGCAGCAGCAGCCAUGUGGAGAGACUUCUGGGAUGCUGGCGGAUUAUGAGGCGGGGAUUCCAGUGACCCAGGUAUUGGUCCGGCGCUCGAGGGUCGUCUAACCCCGCCGUUAUCUCUUCACUAUAAUAACACAUCAGCUUUAACUGGCACCUCGCCUUCGGUGACUUCUCGUGUCCGAGUAUUUAUAGGCUCUCUCUGCAGCGGGGCGACGGAAGUGAGUCACUUGGAGCAGCUUUUAUCCUUUUUCGUGGCUAUUCUUGGUGCCCGUUUUUUCUUAGAGCGAGGCAAGAUGCGAUUUCGGACAGGGGUCGCCUUGAUUUUUCUCGCAGCUCUCGCAGUUGUUGCAGCCGAGGAGGAAGACAGCAAAGAGAGCGAGAUCGAACAGUUGGUUGUGGAGACAUUGGCGAAGCCGGAGACAUGCACGAUUACAUCAGAGAUGGGAGACACGCUUCAAAUCCAUUACACGGGUCGUUUAAUGGACGGGAAGGUGAUUGACACCUCUCUGUCUCGCGAGCCUCUGCUGGUAGAGUUGGGCAAGAGGUCUGUCAUCACAGGCCUAGAGCAAGCCCUGGUGGGAUUGUGCGAAGGACAAAAAAUCAAAGCCACGAUUCCAGCUCAUCUCGCGUAUGGAAAGAGAGGAUUCCCUCCAACCAUUCCAGGGGACAGCACGCUUGAGUUUGAGGUGGAGGUGAUCUCUCUGUCCCAGCAAACACCGUGGCAGAAGCUGGUUAACGACGUCUUGCCUCUUCUGUGCUUGGCACUGGUUCCCACUUUGCUGGGUUUAGUGGGUCUCUACCUCUACAAUAAAGCACAUGCACAGCCUCAAGGCAAGAAGAAGAGCAAAGACAAGAAAAGCAAGAAGAAAUAAGUUUUAAAGCCAAAAAGAAUAAACUAUUUAAAUAAAAAAUGCUUUGAUUGGUGCUUUCUAUUUUUUUUCCUUCUGACUUAUUUGAGGACAUUAAAACAUUCAAUCAAAACCCUCAUAUGUUUACACGUAAGUCACCCAACAGACACUUUCAUCUAGAGCCACUCACAAAAGGUACCGUAGUAUCUACUGUGGCCCCAAAGUAUUUCGAGCAUUUCUUUAGAUGUGUUUAGAAGAACUUUAAUGCAUAACAGAAAUGGAGAGAAAGCAUACUUAAUAAUAAAAAAAAAAGUUAAUUUAUUCACAUUCUGCUGAAACAUUGUUAUCCAUUAUCAAUUAAAUAUACUCUACCAUUCAAAGCUUGUGUUUGGUAAGAUUUUUUUUAAAAAUGUCUCUGAGUUCUGUAUUGGAUAAAAAAAACAUUGUAAAAUUGUGAAAUACGACCAUUUAAAAGAACCGAUUUCCGAACUCGGCUAAUUAUUUUAAGCCAUGUGUAUUAAUGUCUACGGUCUUAAACGUCUGCAG